CCAUUAUGAGAAACUGGUGACUGGUGUAAGUCAGGUAGAUUAUAGAUACGAAUUGUCUAGGUUUACACGUAAGAACUGUCUUCUCGCUCUCGCAGUCUUCUUUGCUUUUGAAUUUACACAGUCAUUAAUUUUACAUUGCCAAGUUAAUCUCAGAGUAAACAUAGUUAUGGAAGCUACAGAAAACACCAAAUUGGUUGACAACUAUGAGGGUUUCAGUCCAAGAGAUUACCAGAUAGAGCUAUUCCAAGCUGCCUUGGACGAUAACAUAAUUGUAUAUCUCCCGACUGGCUCAGGAAAGACACUGAUAGCAGCUCUUUUGAUCAAUGAAAAGUCCAAAGAAGUCACAAAGUCUUUGCAUGCUGGAGGGAGACGAACAGUGUUUCUUGUUCCGACAAUCGUUCUGGCAAUACAACAGGCAGCUUAUUUGAGGAAGCACACAUGUCUAAAAGUACAGGAAUUCUAUGGAGGGAUGGGUGUGGACUUGUGGGGGAGAGGCAAAUGGCAAAUGGAAUUCGAAAAUAAUCAUGUUCUAGUGAUGACUGCCCAAGUUUUUGUUGAUAUCUUGAAUCAUGCCUUUUUUUCACCAUAUCAACUCAAUUUGCUGGUAUUUGAUGAGUGCCAUUCAGCAGUAAAAGACGCACCGAUGAGACAAGUUCUCACGAAACUGCAAAGCUGCGAUGUUGCUCGACGACCAAAAAUCCUGGGGCUUACAGCAGCUUUGUUUAGGAAACGGUGUAAACCACGCGAAGUGCAUGGCAUAAUUAAGCAACUCUCUGAAACAAUGGGAUGCAUCGUGAGAAUUCCGUCUGACAUACAAACAGUCUACCGCUCCUCGACGAAACCUUGUGAGGUCGUUUUUCAACAUGAUGACUUCGACACGGGACUGGAUCCUGUUGCAAGAGAGUUGAGUGCAUUGAUACGAAGUUUGCUACUAUCCUGUCGUUGGGUUGUCCAUGAUUCUCUACAGCAGUGUCAACCGCAUGGACUAUGGAAUCCAUAUACCGUCCAGAACACGGUCAAAACCGAUAUAUUAAGCGACCCCAUUAAAGACAUUGCCUUCGUACUGGAGAACUUUGGACCCUAUGGUGCUUUUCAUUGCGCACAAGUCUACAUUCCAAUUUUAGAAAGAGCUAAAAUGAGACAAAGAAACAUUUCUGAUAUUAACAAAGUCAUAAUUCUCUGUCAUCAAAUACGUGAAAUUUGUGCACCUUUUUUUGCGAAUUACUCCGCGAAAGAUCGCCUAACAGUCUUUGUUCAACCCAAUGUGAAAAGAUUAUUGGACAUUAUCCGCAACUUCAGCCCAGAGCAUUGCGAUCCCGAUGAAAAAAAGUUCAAAAUGUGUUGCAUCGUUUUUGUCGAACGUAGGUCAAUGGCUAGUGUCCUGUACCAUUACCUGAAGGAUAUCCGAGUACAUGAUACCACCUUGGAAUUUGUGAAGCCGUUAUUUACCAUGGGGCAGGCGGCAGCGUCCACCUCCACUCUCACAGAAUCACAAAUUCUAAACAUGAACCAAAAAGAAAUUAUGCGAGAUUUUCGGGAAGGACAUUGCAAUUUGGUAGUGGCCACAAGUGUCCUGGAAGAAGGCGUUGAUAUUCCUGAAUGUAAUUUGAUUAUUCGUUUCGACAAAUUUCGAACUUAUUGCGACUACGUCCAAACCAAAGGCCGGGCCAGAUCUGUGAGAGCGUUUUAUUUUAUUUUGGUGAGCCACAGUGAUACGGAAAAGCUACUAGAUGAUUUGGCUCAAUUCCAUUCCAUUGAACAGCAGCUAGUAGCCACAAGUAACAUUGAGGAAGAUAAAGACGCUAUUAUAGACAAUAUGUUUAGUCAGAUUAUCGAACCCUAUCAACCAUUUGGCGAAGAAGGGCCACGAAUUACCUUACAGAGUAGCAUAUCACUGAUCAAUAGAUACUGUAGCAAACUUUUAUCGCAUGGACCUUCAGUGUUGGUUCCCACAUGGAAUAUCGCAGAAGUGGAUGAGAACCGAAUUGAUCCCUUGUUACUGCAGAGAAUAAAGGAACUAGUGAAACGGCUGCCAAUUACGAAACCUCAUACGGGUCAGGCGGCUACAGUUUCCCAUGGCUUCUAUCAAUGUCAACUCCUGUUACCAAAGAGCUCCCCUUUGCAAGAAGAAAUUGUUGGUGAGCCAAUGCCAACGAAACGCUUAGCCAAACGGACAGUAGCUUUGCGAGCCUGUCAGCGUCUUCAUACACUAAAGGAGUUGGACGAUCUUCAUCUUCUCCCAGUCAGUCACCGUAACAUAGUAAAGCAGUUAAGUUGAUCGAUGUGCGCAGCAAACUGAGAAGUAUUUUUGUUUUGAUACUGUAAGUUCACGUUUCAUUAAUUACUAGGAUUGCGAAUAUUUGUUGUAAUAUCGACUGCACAUGUUAAUCCAGAAUAUUAUUACAGAAGAAGACAGUUCUCAACGCAAGGGGUAUUACAAUUUUUACUUUAAGGUUAAUAGCAAAAAGAAAAGAAAAACGUGCUAAAAGGAAUCACGAAAUGCUGCAUAGUUUACUAGUGUAAUCGCGACUCGGACGCAAGGGUUUGAUAUCGACCAAUUCCGUCGGACUAUUGAGGCUCAUGGAUCGCAUCCUGACCAAAUGUUUGGAGGCUUCUUGGUGAGGACUAACGGGAGCCGAAUCAGACGUUUCGAUUUUCUUUGUCGUAUCGGUCGCUACUUUUUCUCACCUGAAGUUUAAAAAUGGAAACCAACGAAAAACAGAAAAAAAAGUUGUUGAUUCGAGGCGCUCAAAUCCGUCACAACUAGAGGUAUUUUCUCCUGUUCUUUGCUUCCUGCGAUAAAGCGUUUGUCAAUGAAAGGGUGAUCGAUCCACGUCAACCCUAUGUCCACCAAAUCGGAGAGUUUCUUCCAUUGCUCGCGGUUGUUCAAACACGUCUCAUAGAUAGGUUUGACCCAAGGAAACGAUUCGGAAAGCGCCUUUUCUCCCCAAAAAUGAGAAAGGUUAAAUAUUUCGAUUAUCUUUCUCGUCUCGGUCCAUCAUUGCCUGUGACGAAGGCAAAAACACAACUUAAUACGUUUAAAUAAUCAACAAGGAACGCGUAAAGAAAAAAUACAUACAAUGGGCGUCUCGUUAAGCUGCAAUUUCUCCAUGUCACCCUGCUCGAAAAACUCUUCCGCAACUAGUUUAGCUACUCGAUGUUGAAUGGACCACGGCUUGGCAAUGGCACUCACGUCACAACCAGUCAUCAUCAUCCCACACAGAUCCUGCCAAUCAAAUUCUCCGUUUUCCACCAUGUCGAUAAAACGAUUUUUCUUGCGGAAGUAAACCGCCAAAUCAGUUGAAAGGAUGGAAUGCUCAAUCAAGUGCAUGGCUGUCCUGUACUGCACAGGAUGUUAUUGGAAUCCUCGCUAAGAAUCAUUAUGCAUUGAUCUAAAUGAUGGUGUUCCAUAGUAGAAGUUGAGUAGAGGAUAGCUAACGGAGACAUCACUUUCGACUUCCAAGGUGUCUUGUUACCUGGAAGGCAUUGUUGGUUCCACGGUGAUCCAAAUCGUGACAUAAGCAGGCAACCAGCAAACUCAAGAUCUACCCUAGCCAAACAGUCAAUACAUUUGUCAUCAUGCGUACACGGGAGCGACACAAAGAAGACAAAGUUUGCACUUGCAUCGAGAUCCGUCAUGAACUGCUCCAUCUUUCCGGUUUUCAAAAGGGCAAACAUGGUCUGGGCGACGUUGAGUGCGUGGCGCCAAUUGUGAUACUUGACCGGUCGAUAAUUCUUCUUCACGCUCAGAAUCCAUCCACAAAGCACCUGGAUCCAAAACGAAAAUCAUUUUUUAAUAUGGACGUUAUCGAUCGACGCAAACGUGCCGACCUUGUAAGGUCCGAUAGUUCAAAAUCGAUGAAAUCGUAGCUGUGGAAAAGAACAAUCCCAUCAGUGGAAACGCAUCGAAGUAAACCAGAAGGAAAUUACUUUGUGAGAUUGUAGUACUCGGUCGAGGGAACGACAUCAUUUUCCAGCUGUUCAACGUCUUCUUCAUUAGCACGGGAAUGAUGAAAGACGAACUGAUUACUACCUCUUCAUCUGAUGUCGUGAAGCCAUUGGGAGUUCCCUUCUUGUUAACCAUUUGGGCCACACCGACAACGCCACCUUGUCGAUUGAGAAUGGGGAGGCAGAGGAUGCUGUGUGUGACGUAGCCCGUUUUCUUAUCUAUCUCGGACAGGAAACGCUCGUCCUGGGAUGCCCCCUCAAUCCGAGGCGUCCACAAUCCGCAGCCCUGAUUUGGUGAGGGCUACAUGGCCGGCUAUUCCGCUUCCUAGCGGAAUAGGUUGCGCUUCUAGGGCUGCCUUCAGCAAAGUAUCGUCGAAAUCUGUCAUUGAAAACCAUUAAUAAGAUUGGUUAUUGAGUUUCGGAACCAA